GUAAUAGUAAUACAAAUGUUCGCGGGAAUUUAAUUUCGCGUCUCUUCAUUUCUUGAUAAGGCUUGGGAGACCUGUUGCUUUUUCAGCGGCUGCUACUUUUAGUCUCUAUUCAAAAUGGCCGACGGACAAGCAUCGCAAGCCACCGACGACGAAAAUGGAUGAUAAAAUGAUCAUUUGUUAUUAAUCCUCUAGAUACUAGCUAUUCAGAUGCGGGGUAAUUUCGUGUUAGCGUGGAAGGCCUUUAAUGGAUUUGGAUUUUUUCAGCUAAUAAAAAAACAAUUGUCAAAAACUGAACUAAGGAAGUUUACGUUCAAUGCCAACGGCAUUCCGUCGCCAAAAUCAUUUUCGAGCUAUCUUGGCACAGUUCUAGAUGAUCACCUCCGAAAUGUCUUACAGCAACAUAGAACAAUAUCAGACAGACUUUCUAGACCCCAGGAUCUCGCCACUGAUGAGCACAGAACACUGUCAAAGACACUUUCCUCCCUUGCCCCAUUGGUGGAGCUGAUAAAAACCUUGGAAGCAAAACAAAAGGAACAAGAAGAACUCUCAGAUCUUAUCAAAGAAGGUGGAGAGCUAGGGAAGAUGGCAGAGGAAGACAGAAAGUCUCAUUUAGUAGAGAUGAAAAAGAUACAGAAUGAUAUAAUGAAAGCUCUCAUACCAAAAGAUGAAGCAGAUGAGAAUGAUGUCAUUCUUGAAGUCAGAGCAGGCACUGGAGGUCAAGAGGCAUCUCUGUUUGCAAGUGAAAUGUUCAUCAUGUAUCAAAGAUUUGCAGCUUUUAAAAAAUGGAAGUUUGACAUUCUAGAUAUUGCCAGGAGUGAUACAGGGGGAUACAAGGAAGCUUCGGCAAGUAUUUCUGGAUAUGGUGUUUUUGGUAAAAUGAAAUUUGAGGUGGGUGUUCACCGGGUUCAACGAGUGCCUGUUACCGAGGCACAAGGAAGAGUGCAUACCAGCACGAUGACUGUUGCAGUGCUUCCUCAACCACAAGAAGUAGAUGUGAUAAUCAGUCCCAAUGACCUGAAGAUUGACACCUUCCGCGCUUCAGGUGCUGGUGGACAACACGUCAACACUACAGACAGUGCAGUUCGCAUAACACAUAUUCCAUCAGGCAUGGUGGUUAGUUCGCAAGAAGAACGCUCUCAAUUCAAGAACAAAGCAAAGGCAAUGCAAGUUCUUCGUGCAAGACUGUACGAUCUUCAAAGGCGGGAAGCAGAUUCGGCUCGUGUCCAUGCUCGUAGAACACAGAUUGGAACUGCUGAACGAUCAGAAAAAAUCAGAACUUACAACUUCCCUCAGGGACGUGUCACAGACCAUCGCAUUGGCAUGACGUCACACACUGUGGAUAAAUUCUUAGAAGGAGGAGUGUUGUUGGAGGAUAUGAUAGAUGCCCUGAGGGUCCAGGACGAGAGAGAUGCCCUUAAAGAGUUAGUUGAUCGUUAUACAACAAACAUCAACCAGAGAUAGCACAGCUUGUGGGUCAGUGUUCUAAUGCAUGUGAAUUAGAUGCGCAAGACGAUACAUUUGAUUGUAUUGAAUGGCAGAUCCUUGAAAUCAGUAGAGAACAAGUUGAUUACUUAGUAGAACUAAGCUGCUUAAAAUGAUUAUCUUUAUUCUUCCCUUUGAUACCUUAGAGAAUUUUCCCAGAUAUCAAACAGUCUGCCCUGUAAAUUUUGUAUUUGCUUUACUACAAAGUUAGAUAAAGCAAUAAUAAUAAGUCAAUGAAUUUAUUCCAUACAGCACCUGGUAACAAAUAUGUACAACCUUUUUUUUUAUCAAAAGUGAAUGAAUUCUAGCCCACUGCUCAGGGACUUUAAGGUGUUGAUUGAAAUGAGUGACUAGUGAAACACUAGUCUACAGUGUUCUCCAUUUGAAAUGGUACAGGAACCUUAAUGGUACCACAGUAAGCCUAAUAGUAACACAGGUAGCCAAAAUGUCAAGGUUAGUUUAUAACAAAUGACCUAAUGUUGUGUACAGUUAAUAAAGGGCUACCCAAGUAGCUCCAAACAAAGCGGUUUACAUAAACCCCUAAAACAAAGUGUACAAGCCAGCAUAAAGGAGAACAAAGAUGUUACAGUGAAUAAGGGUUACAUCAGGUUGUGUUUUUCAGGUUUAUGAAAACCACUCAAGUUCUUGUUAUUUUAUAAUGUGAACAAUAACAAUAGUAUCAUAAUAUUAAGUAGCAACUACUGUUGAAAUGUUGUUCAUGUGGCUGUGUGGAUUCUAACACCAAAUCAUGUAAAUGACUAUUUACAGGACCAUAGAAGGCCAAACAAUUUAUAUUGUGUACAAAGACUAUAAUUUGGCAAACUAACAUGCAAGUUUGCUAAUAAAUUCUUUAAAUAAAUUAAACUCCAAUUUAGCCCUGGGAACUAGGAA